AUGAUGGAUAAUAAUUCAUUGUCUAAGAUUUAAAAGGAAAACUAUGAUCAGCAAAGUUUUUUCUAAAAAAGAGAAGUGGGCACUUUUAAUAAUAUAACAACUUUUGUGAUUGAUCAAUAAGAAGAAUAAUAAAUUGAAUAAAGACCUUUAUAAACUCCAAAUUAAGGAUAAGAAUAGUCAAUGCUUUCUAUUCCAGAAUAAGAAGAAGAGGAAGAGAAAUUAUAUCCAUAUUAUUUGGGUUAAAAUCACUAUUGCAUAUCAAAAAUAUUCUUUGCACAUCUUACUUCUUAUUGUUUGUUUUUAAAAAGAAAUAUAUUAGAUAAGAAUGAAAAAAUAUGUGAUAAACAUUUACCAAAGUUAUCAGCUUCAGAAAAUAUAAAAUAGACUAUUGAACAAUCUUUAUAGAAAUUAAAAAGAAUUCCUUAAUUGCAUAUCUACGAUUUGGUAAAACUUGUAUUUUUUGGAGAAUUAAAAUUCUUAAGCUUCAUCAGUUGUUUGUCAUAUUGCUUUGAAACUAUAGCAAAGAAUGGAAUUUCAGUAAUAAUGAGCUUAUUAAUUACUUCUGUUUCAUAAUAAGACAUGAAUAGUGCAUAUAAAUAUGCUAUUGGAUACAUUCUUUUAAGUUUAAUUGGAAUUAUCUUUAAACAUCAUGGAUCUAACUUUUCUAUGGUAUUUUCAUCUAAAGCUAGAAUGUUGUUAGUAAAUUUAGUAUUUAUUAAAUUGACUGAACUAAGUUCAUCUUCAAUAAAAGAAGCUAAUAUUGGUAAGAUCUUAAAUCUUAUAUCAGGAGAUAUUAAUUAACUUGAACAAAUUCUUUAUAUGAUAUUCUAAAGUAGUGUGAUUUUUCUUUCUGUUGGAAUAGGUUGUUAUAUUUUAUGGAUUAGAUUUAAUGGGGCUAUUGGUAUUCUUGUAUUAGCAAUAGUCUUUUUAGCAUACCCAAUUUAAAUUUCUUUGCAAUCUUUCAAUUCAGAAACUUUGAAAUAAUCUAAACAAUUUUAAGAUAAACGUUUGAAAUUAACUAAUGAACUUGUUGAAGGUAUAAGAUUGAUAAAAAUGUAUGCUUGGGAAGAAGCAUUUUAUCAAAUGAUAUCUAUUAUUAGAAAAAAUGAAUUCAAAUGCUUACUAAAAAUAGCAAUUCGCUCAUCAAUUGAUCGAUUAUUUACUAUAAUUUCUUAGAUAUGGUCAAGUUUAAUAUUCUUCAUUAUUCUUCAUUAUAGUGGAUAUCGUGAAUCGAUGAAUGUUGCAGAAAUGAUAUCAACCUUACAAUUAUUAUCUUUUUUUAAAAUCAGCUGCGUUUUAAUGGUAUCAUAUGCAAUUUAAUCUGUUAUAUUAGUAAAAAUAUCUUUUGAAAGAAUUGUGAACAUUCUAAACAUCAAAAAUCGUGAGAUGGAAAAGGUUAAAGAUGAUCAAAAUAUCAAUAAUAACCUUUAAACUAACACAAAUUCUUUUAAUUCAAGAAUAUAGUUUAUCGAUUUUGAUGGAUAUUGGACUAAUCCAGAAAUAAUAGAUUCUAAACCAAUUUUAAAGAAAAUUUCAUUAAAUUUUUAAGAUGGAGAACUUUGGGCUAUUGUUGGAAAGGUUGGAAGUGGGAAAUCUUCAUUAUUAAAUGCUUUAUUAUUUGAAAUGCCAUUUUAUAAGGGUUAAUUUAUUUUAGAUGGAAUAGAAGCACAAAAGGGAAAAUUGAGUAUUGCUUAUGUUGAAUAAGAACCAUAUGUAUUUCCAGGAACUGUUAGAAACAACAUUUUGUUUGGUAGACCUUUUAAUAAAUUAUUAUAUUAGAGAGUUAUUCAUGCCUCUUAAUUAGAAUAAGAUUUAUUGUAGAUGAAAUCUCAUGAUUAAACAGAAAUAGGGGAAAGAGGGACUACACUUUCUGGAGGGUAAAAGGCUCGGUUAUCAUUUGCAAGAGCAUUAUAUUAAUAGGCAGAUUUAUAUUUAUUGGAUGAUCCUCUUUCUGCAGUAGAUGCUCAUGUUGCUAGGAAUAUGUUUUAGACAGGAAUUAAAGAGUUUAUAUUUGAAUAUUAAGUUAUGAUGAAUACUAAUAAGAAUAAACCUAUUGUAAUUUUAGUUACUCAUUAAAUUUAAUAUGCUGUUGAAUGUGAUAAAAUAGCAGUUAUGUAAAAUGGAGAAAUAUAAAUGUCUGGUACAUUUGAAGAGUUAUAAACAAAAUUAGAUACAAAUAAUAAUGAUAUAGCAGGAUAAUUAUGUUAAUCUCCAUCUCCAAAAUAAAAAUAAUUUAAAAGAUCUAUUAUUUCUCAUAGAUCAAGAAUUAGAAAUGCUAAAAUUAAUUCUCUUAUUGUAAAAGAAGCUGAUUCAUAAAGAUUAACUAAUCUAAAUACAUAUAUAAAAUACUUUAAUUAUUGGAAACUAAUAAUCUUUAUUUUAAUAUUAAGUUUGGAAACAGGUUCAGAGGUCUUAAUUAUUUUUUAUUCUAGAAUUAUUUCCUUAUUUUAAUAUUAUCAAGAACAUAAUUCUAUUGACUAAGCUUAUCUACUUUUGGGUUUAUUGACUCUUGGAUUAUUAAUCUGUAAUUCGAUGAAAUAUAUAUUGAAUUCUUUUUAAGUCUAAAAUACAACCUAAGAAAUACAUAAUAAUAUGUUAAAUUCUUUAAUUAAAGCUCCUGUUUCAUAUUUUGAUGUAAAUCCAUCUGGUAGAAUUAUAAAUAGAUUUUCUAAUGAUUUAUCCUUAUGUGACUAUUCAACAAAUACAGUCAUUUUAGAUGUGCUUGAAAUUAUAGGCUAUUUCUGUUUUGCACUAGUAACCUUGGCCAUCCUUUAACCCUUUUUCUUAAUAAUGAUAGUUUUCAUAAUUUUAGUUGAUUGUUAUUAAUAUAAUUUCUUGAAGAAGAUAAUUAGUUAAUUGAAAGAAUUAGAAUUGAUGUAGAGAAGUCCUUUAUUUGAUUUUCUAAAAUAAACACUCUCUGGAAUAACUCAAGUCAGAGCUUAUGAUUAAAAAGAAUGGUUUAGAAAUCAAUUUUUAGAUAUAUCAAAUAAAUGCAAUUUAAAUUCUCUAACAUAUUAAUAUGCAACAAGAUGCUUUGGAUUUAAUUUAGAUAUUGUAGGUUGGAUUGCCUAAACUGUAGGAAUAUUUCUAUUUUUAUAUUUUUAUGAUAAUGAUAUUGCUAUACUAGCAUAAGGUAUAUUGAUGUUGACAACUUAUAAUGAUGGAUUAUAGUAUGGAUUAAGAUAGUUGAUAAAUUUAGAGACUUAGAUGAGUUCUUAUAAUAGAAUGUUUUAAGUCAUUGAAAUUAAACCAGAAGCUCCUCAUCAAACUAAACAAGAUGAACUCUAUCCAGACUUUCCAAGAAAUGGUGAUGUAACAUUUGAAAACAUACAUAUGUAAUAUAGGGAUAAUUGCCCUUAUGUUUUGUAAGGACUCACUUUUAACAUUAAGAGUGGAGAGAAGAUAGGGUGUGUUGGUAGAACUGGAGCUGGCAAAUCUUCAAUUUUAUAAGCUAUCUUUAGAAUGAUAGAAAUUGAUUAAAGUUAUGAUUCAAAAUUAGAAAUUGCUAAUAUUGAUAUAUAAAUCUUAGGAUUACAUAAACUAAGGAGCAGCAUUGGUAUUAUACCAUAAUCUCCUUUCUUAUUUUCAGGAACUAUUCGUUAAAAUUUGGAUCCAUUGAGAUAAUUUAGUGAUGAUGAGUUAUGGAAAUCUUUAGAAGAUGCUAAUUUAAUUAAUUAUAUCAUCACUUUACCAAAGGGAUUGGAUUCAGAUAUAGAUAAUGUCAAUUCUGUAUUUUCUGUUGGUCAAAAACAAUUGAUUUGCUUGGCCAGAAUUAUAUUAUCUUAAAAAAAGAUAAUAGUAUUAGAUGAGGCCACUGCAAAUGUUGAUAUGCAAACAGAUGAAUUUAUUUAAAAUGUCAUUAAAAGAAAAUUUAAAAAUUCAACGUUAAUUACUAUUGCUCAUAGGUUAAACACUAUUGCAGAUUAUGAUAAAGUUAUGGUAAUGUCAGAUGGAAAAGUUAUUGAAUUUGAUUCUCCAUUUAAUCUUUUAGCAUUAUCAAAUGAAUCAACAUCAAUUGAUAAACGCACAGAGUUUUCAAGAUUAGUAGUAAACACAGGAGAUGAAAAUGCUUAAUAAAUCUUUGAUAUAGCAAAAUAAUCUCAUAUAAUGGAUUGA